AUGGCUGGGAGGAGCUUGCUGUUUGUGGUGCUGGCCGCAGCAAGCGCGAGCAGCGCGGCCAGCUACAAGUUGCAGAUCAAGGAGAACAUCUCCAUUCCGCUUCCCCCGGGAUACACAGUGUUGUCUCCGCAUCUACCUGGCAAACUGGUCGUGAGCAGUUUCGAAGCGACGCCCUUCAUCGGCAAAAAUGGUGUCUUCAUGGCAGAUGUUGGAAAGACAUCGGGGCCUGCCCAGGAGCUUCCGGGCACGAAUGUGUUGAAUUGGCCCAACAGUUUGACGGUGGCGAACCGUUCGGUCUUCGGCUUCACGGCCAUCGCCUUGGGCGAUGGCUUCCUGGUACCGAGCCAUACCACGGGGGGCAUCUACGUCAUGGAGGCUUCACUUGAGCCACAGACGUUGAAACAGCCAGCAAAGCUCACCCAGGACAAGAAAGGAUGGUUCUACCAUCAGGCAGAAUUUCUGGAUGUGGAUGGCGAUGGACUGGAAGACAUCGUGACAGCGAGAUGUCAGUUUUCCGUCUUUCCGUGGGCGAAGAAGCAAGGUGAGCUCGUUUGGCUGAAACAUCCAGCGAAGGAUGUUUUCUCAGCACCCUGGGCGGAAGAGUCCUUGGGCUUCGGACCUGACUUCCUGUUCUGCAUGAAACCUGGGAAGAACUUCGCAUUGGUGGCACCGGAAUACAUCACUGGGAAGGUGGUCUACUGGUACAGGAAGGAUGGCCAGAUGGCCACCAGGAUUCUGGAUCACAGCAUUGGCCCUGGCUUCUCUUGUUCCUGGGAAGACCUGAACAAUGAUGGACAGAUUGAUCUGCUGGUCACCAACCACGCCAUGAGAAACGGCUCAGUCUUUGCCUACACCUUCAGCAGCGAGGAGAUAGAAAGCGCCACGUUGACCCGGCACACACUAGCCUCGGGAUUCCAACCUGUGAAAGUGAAGCAGGGAAGUGCCUUACCAGGUGAUGCUGUGGCCUUCCGCCCCAGGGUCGCUGAGACGACAUCGAAGCCAUGGAUCUUUGUCUCUGGGGACAACUCCAACAGCAUCUUCCUCUUGCAGCCCAGCUCGGAAUCUGCGGAUGACUGGCACUAUGUGACUUCCAAAGUGGCGGAUCUUGGGGGGGACGUGGGGCGGCCCUCCAUCGCUGACGUGGACGCAGACGGUUUGGCCGAUAUCUUCGUGCCCUUGUACGAUGCUAGAAAGGUGGCACACUACCACUUCACAGAAGUUGAGGAUUCGAACCAAAAAACACGUUCGCCGCAGCGGGUCUCAGCUUUUUCCACGGCGAGAUCGAAUCGACUCGCCGCUCUGUGGGAGCUCUGUGGGGAGACGCGUUUCACCUGGGUGGUUUGCUUGGACUCCGUGGGUGUGGGUCAAAAGUUCGAGUGUGGCCACUUGGGCCCUUCUGCGGCGUUUUCGGAAGCGGUCGGUUCCAGGGUCCCGGAAGGUGCGCUUGAGAUUAUUGCUGCUCGCCCUUAUAUAGCGAUUGGGUUCAAGAUCAAGGUAUGCCUCCAUGACAGGAACAUCUCAGAGAUCUGUAGGCUGAAGCCCUGGCUGCGGAGCUGCAGAGCAGUGCCGGUCGGGCGUGGAGCCGCGGCGGGUCCGGGGAAGGCGUCGCUGGAGAUCGAGGUGGAAGAUCUGUCUACCUUCGCUUUUGACAACUUACUGACGCGUCGCAGACAGGUCGCCACAGAAAUUGUGGUGUUGCUUCUGUCGACCCAUACAGAUGGAGCACUUCCUCCCAAUUCUGCUCACUUUGGUACGCUGCUGGCAGAUCACGUCCACGAUUUCCGGGUGGGUCGCUCUGCCAUGAAACACCUGAACUUUGCAGUGUUGGGCUUCGGCAGCUCAGUUUAUGCUUCAGCAGGGCACUACUGCACCGCGGCCGUCCGAGCUGAUGCCGCCUUGGCUUCCAUGGGCGCCCGACGUGUGGCGCGCUUGGUGCGUGUGACUGACACCCGAGAGCAAGCGGAUCAGGUAGUUGCCUGGAAGCAGGAGUUGCAUGCAGCUCUGAAGGCUGCACUCUCUGGCUCUGAGCCAACUCAGGCGGUCGGCGUGGAAGGCCGCUCCGCGGCUGAGGUCGCCGUUGCAGACACCGCCGACAUUGAAGGCGAUGACGAUGAAUCGGAGUCCGACGAGAGCACCGCUGUCAGUUCAGGCAAACUUUGCGAAGCAACUGAUGCGCCAGCCUCGAAUCAGAGACAAGAUGAACUGGAACCGCUGUCACACGAGGAGCUCUCGCGGACCUACGGCCUGGGCUUCACCCUGCUGCAGCGCAUGGGCUACGCCCAUGGUGCGCUGAAGCCGGGCGCGUUGCAAGCGCCGCUCAUGGCGCGCGCCAACCGCGGGCGCCAGGGGUUGACGCAGGAAGCGGAGCCAGAAGCGCCGGAGCCAGAAGCGGUUGUGAAAGCAGAACCAGAGGACUUGACGGCAUUGCUGGCGAAGGCUUUGCAGAGCAUGCGCGAGGCUGGCGAUGUGGAAGAAGCCGAGGAGCUACAACAACUCGCAACUUUUUGUCAGGGAGGUUUGAGUGGGUUGCCACAAGCCCGAAAACCCAAAAAGCGCAAACGAAGAUCUGAAAAAUUGGAGGGAGAUGAGGAUGCUGCUGCAGAAGUGCUCAAGCACUUUGAGGAUCCAGAAUUUCCAGUGGAAUUGCAACAGCAGGAGACAUAUUUGAACUGGCAAAAGCGUUGGGGACGACUGGGCUCAUAUUGGGACUUUGUGCAGCGACACACGACGCAUUUCCGUGUGAUCCCGUGCCCUACUGGUCUGAAGAUGAUCCUCCCCCAGCAGCGCCGUGAGCAGUUCCGGGCCUUUUUGCAGACGUGCGAAAACUGGUGCAGCUAUCAGAGCUCCCGUAGCGGCAAAGGCCUGAAACGCAAGUGGCGCCACCUGGCGCUGGUGCUGCGCCGCCUGCAGAACUUUGCCGAAACCACCGAAGGUGGUCAAGGGGAGGCAGAAGAAGAGCAAGCAACGGAGAAGCAGGAGCUGAAUUCUGCGGAAGUGGACGAGCCACAGAAAGCGAGAAUUGCCAGCGAUUUCGACGAUGACGAUCUUCCUGGACUUGGUUGGACCAUCGAUGGUUGCGAAGAAAAACUGGGAGGCGAAGCUGAGCAGAAAGGAGCGUCAGACGUGGAGGAGCUUGCUGAAGGAUGUGCAACCAAGGAACGUCCCAUGCUCACCAGCAAGCAUCGUGCACAACUGACUAAAGAAGGCUACAAGAUUGUUGGCUCGCACUCGGCCGUGAAGCUUUGUCGUUGGACGAAGCAUCAGCUCAGAGGUCGAGGAGGUUGCUACAAACACUCCUUCUAUGGCAUCACUUCCUACCAAUGCAUGGAAGCAACGCCUUCCCUGGCCUGUGCCAACAAAUGUGUUUUCUGCUGGCGACAUCACAAGAACCCCGUGGGUACCGAGUGGAAAUGGUCCAUGGAUCCGCCUGAUCAGAUCGUGGCAGAUGGCGUCGAUCAGCACAAGAGGAUGAUUCGUGAAUGCAAAGGCAUUCCCGGCGUGAAGAAGGAGCGCUUUGAGGAAGCCUUGAACGUGAGGCAUUGCGCCUUAUCCUUGGUGGGUGAGCCCAUUAUGUAUCCGAGGAUAAAUGAACUGGUGAACGAGCUCCACAAACGUCAGAUCAGCACAUUCCUGGUCACCAAUGCCCAGUUUCCAGAUGCAAUCCGCAAGCUCACUCCCAUUACUCAGCUGUACAUCAGCCAGAGCCUUGGUGCAGUACACCCAUCCAAGCGCCUGUCAGUCCAAGAAGGUCACCGCCGAUCGAACUAA